GGCGAGACGUCAAUGAUUGUGGCAAUGGGUUCCUUGGUGCUUAUGUAUUUCCAGAUUGCACCGAGGGACUUUUGGGAUGACGUUAGAGAGAAUACGCGAUAAUGAAUAUUGAAAAAACUGAUUAAGAUGGCUGCAUUCAGAAAAGCGAUUGACUGCUUCCUCAACAAAUUAAAAAGUCCAAUCUCACCCGCUCAGACUGUAUCCAAGGACAACACGUCUGAUAAAGUUGAACUCAGAGGCCGGCAGAAGAACUUCAAUAACGUGUUCGAAGUCAAAAAUAGAGGAAUAGAAAGUCCUUUAUUCAAAGCGGCAAGACAAAAUGAUGUUGAAACCUUGAAGAAUUUAAUAGAGGAAAAACAUGUAGACCCUUAUGAAAGAGGCACUGUUGGAGAAACUGUGUUGCAUGUUGCAGCAUUAUAUAACAGUAAGGAAGCUGCAACUAUAUUGCUCAAUGCCUUCCCAUUCUUAAUCGAUGAGCCAAUUGAUUGUGAGAUGUACAAGGGUGAAACCGCAUUGCACAUUGCAGUGGUGAAUCAGAAUGUGGAACUUAUUAAGGAACUGCUGGCACUAAAUGCAGAUAUAAAACAUUCUCGUGCUGUGGGAACAUUUUUCACCCCAGGAAAAGACUGUCGAUGUUAUUAUGGAGAAUAUGUUUUAUCAUUUGCAGCCUGCAUUGGAAAUGAACAGAUAGUUAAAAUGAUUGUGGCACAUGGGGCACCUUUAAAUGCACAAGAUAAACAAGGUAACACAGUUUUCCACAUGCUUGUGCUGCACCCAAAUAAGAGUAUGGCCUGCAGAAUGUACAAUUUUAUCUCGUCACUUAUUUCAAAGGAAAAAAUUGAAUACUUGGAGAGCAUCACCAACAAAGAUGGGCUGACUCCCAUGAAGUUGUCAGCAUUCGAAGGGGAUGUAGCAAUGUUUAGUCAUUUCAUGCAGAAGAGAAAGCAGAUUUAUUGGGCAUUUGGACCGGUAUCCUCCACCUUGUAUGAUCUUACUGGAAUUGAUACCUGGGGUGAUGAACUCUCUGUCCUUGAUAUCUUGUGUUCGAGCAAGAAGAAGGAGGCCCGGAAGCUGCUAAAAAUUACUCCAGUAAAAGAAGUGCUGCAUCAUAAGUGGACUAAUUAUGGAUUCAAAUAUUUCCUAUUGUGGACUGCACUUUACUUUUUAUACACAAUCAUUUUUACUGUCUGCUGUGUGUAUCGUCCUCUUGCUCCAGCAGGGCCUGAUGGGGACAACAUCACCAUUAUGGUUCCAAAACCAUUAAACGAAGCCUAUGUGUCAGCUGAAGAUUUUGCUCGCUUGGCAGGUGAAAUUCUGACAGUUGUGGGUGCUGUUCUGAUCCUAGUCACAGAGAUUCCACGCUUGAUUCACAUAGGACCUGCAAAGUAUUUUGGAAACACAGUAACUGGAGGACCUUUCCACAUUACAAUGAUUGUUUAUGCUUGCUUUGUUUUAAUCACCAUGAUACUAAGAGUUUUGAACCACGAAUGGGAAACUGUUAUAAUGGCAUAUGCACUAAUAAGUGCCUGGUGUAAUGUUCUUUAUUUUGCACGUGGAUUCAAGUUGCUUGGUCCCCUGUGUAUCAUGAUACAAAAGAUGAUCUUCGGUGAUCUUAUGAGGUUUUGUUACGUUUUGAUCAUUGUCAUUAUAGGAUUUGGUGCAGGUUUCGAUGUUCACUUUCAAGCCUUGGACCCAAAUACAUACUUGUACUUCCGGGAUUUUACCAUCACCAUUUUCACAUUGUUUCAGCUGAUGAUGGGUCUCACUGAACUUCCCGGCCCACCUGAAAUCAAGAUCCCUGACAUUAUCAUUGUCCUUUAUAUGGUGUACAUGUGUUUUGGUUUUGUUCUUCUCCUGAACCUUUUCAUCGCUUUAAUGGGAGAUACUCAUUAUCGAGUUGUCAGUGAACGAAAGUCACUUUGGAAAGCUCAGAUAGCUGCAACCACUCUGCUUCUUGAGAGGAGACUGCCAGCCUGGCUGUGGCCUAGAGCAGGAAUACCAGGUGAUCUGUUGGGCCUCAAUGUGGAUAAAUGGUACUUAAGGGUUGAAGAAAGAAGUGACUAUCAAAAGGCCAGGAAGAAGGCUGAAGAUGAGGAGAAAGAAAAUAUAACCCACCCAAGGAAGAACAGGAGUGCUUAUCGUUGGAACCUCAUCCAUAAAAACAUAUCAAAAAGUAUUAAAAAGAACAAUGUACCAAGUGAUAUGACUACUCUGUAAAUUUUCAUCAUUAACUCUAGAGACAUUGGUUUGUAAGAACACACUUGUUUUUAUGAACAUAAUGAACCCUGACACGAUCCAUUUCUUCGAGACUAGUAUCUGUUUAGAAAGUGGACUGAUCAUUUUCAGGUGUAACAUAUUCGUAUCAAGGAAGCAUUUAAAAUUUAACUGGAGUUGAAUUUCAAUAGAUCAAUUAAAAUCCUACAUGUUUUUGAAUGUGGUAAAACCUUUGUUACAGCUUGUUAUAAGUUAGGAUCAUUUGUAUAAUUAAGAUUGGAUAGUUGCUUUAAUAGGCACGAGAAUCAGUACUCACAAAUGUAACUAGAAAAUCUUUUGACAUUUGCAAAGGUAUUGCAAAGUGGGUCUUAAUAUUUAUUGAUUGCAGUAGAAAUAUUUCAAAGAAAUACAACUACAAUAAUACCAGAAAAAGUCAGAUUUAAAACAGGGCUAAGUGGGUGUUUUAUGUGCAUCUACAAAUUAAAGAACAUAUUUUGUAACAGUUUUUAGAUGGAAUCUUUAAACUAUAACAAAAUUACUUGCAGUAUGAAGUUACUAUCACAGCUUGUAAAUGAUCUGUGAAAUAUAAUACAGGAUGUUACUGCACAUAAUAAGAAUAGAGGUUUUUUUUAUAUAAAGUGAAAUUAUACAGUAUUUUAGAAUAAGGUACAGAAUGCUACCGUAGUGGAAGGGUAUCACUGCUGCUAACUGUUGUAACACUAUGUACCACAAUAAACAAGAUUCUACUGAAAGAAUGAAAAAACAUUCGGUGACUCUUAUCAGCCACUAGUUCCUGAAAAUUCAAAUAGAAAACAAAGCUGUAAAUUAAAAUGUCAUUUCCAUCUGAGUACAGUAAACAAAG